UUUUAGCAUAAAAUAUAUAUGUUAACUAAGAACUUAAGGAUUAGCAACCUAUCCAAGACUUUAGCGAAGAGAGCGAGAAGACCAGCAGGAGCAAACGCAGCUGCUCCUUUAGCUCCAGAGUAUAUGCCUGUACAUUUCACUAAUGCUGAUGAAUAUGUUCAUUUGAAUAAAGAAGGGAUUCCUGUUCAAAAUUAUAAUAAUCAAAUAAUCGAUAUUCAGACCUACGACCAAGAGGUUAUGGAGCUUGUUAACGAAGAAGCUGAAAGACAAAGAAGAUCUAUAGAUUUAAUUGCUUCUUCUAACAUCCCUGUUGCUGGAAUAAAUGAGUGAACUACAAUCCUAGGCAAUAAAUCUUCUCCAGGAUACCCAAAUGGAAGGUUUUUCAAUGGGGAUGAGACUAUCGACAAAAUAGAGAGACUUUGCUGUAAAAGAGCUCUUGAAGCUUUUGAGCUUGAUGAUAAACAGUGGCAUGUAAACGUCCAAACUCUUUCAGGAAGCGUUGCCAAUCUGGCUGCAUUUAAUUCUAUUUGUGAGCCAGGGGAUACUAUUCUUGCCCUUUGUACAAAAGUUGGAGGUGGACAUCAUACAUAUGGACUUCAAGAUGAAAAUAACAACCCAACAGGACUCUAUAGCAAAGUUUAUAACUUCGAAUAUUACCAUGUGAAUGAAGACAGCACAAUCAAUUACGAGGAUGCAUAUAGAAAAGCUCUUGAAUGUAAACCCAAGGUAAUAAUCGCUGGUGCAUCAACUUAUCCGAGAGAGAUAGAUUGGAAGAAAUUUAGAAGAAUAUGCGAUGAAACAGGAGCUAUAAUGAUGGCAGAUAUAGCUCAUGGAUUUGGUUUAAAAAUUGCAGGAGUAAAUAAAGCUCCUUUCCCUCAUGCAGAUAUCGUUACAGCUUCUACCAGUAAAUCUAUGAGAGGUCCAAGAGCUGGAGUAAUUUAUUGAAAGAAAAGGUAUGCUGAAAAGGUAGAUGCCUCUGUGUUUCCAGGGAUAAUGGGAGCCCCUCAGAAUAAUUGUAUUGGAUCUCUCGCAAUGACUUUCAAAUAUUGCAAGUCUCAAGAAUAUAAAGAAUACUGUGAAAGAACUGUAGAUAAUAGUCGAACUAUUGCCAGUGAAUUAUCAAAAAGAGGAAACAAAAUCGUUACUGGAGGAACUGAUACUAAUAUCAUGAUGUGGGAUGUCAAGCCAUAUGGGAUACCAGCUUCUAACGUAAUGACCAUAGGAGAGGCUCUAAACAUUCAAUUUUAACUGCACUACCUUACCUUCAGAUAAAACUAUGAACUAUAAAGGUCAAGGUGGGAUAAGGCUAGGAACCAAUGUAAUUUCAGCAAGAGGAUACCAGCAUGAUGACUGCAAAGAAGUUGCUAGAUACUUAGAUGAAAUGAUUCACAUCUCUCACUCAUUGGAAAAGCCAGGUACGAAUGUAUACACAGAAGCUAUUGCAUUGAAAGAUUUAGCCAUAGAAGUAGAAGAAUUUGCUUACAAGUUUCCUUUGCCAGGGCUAACAUCGCAGCAUAUCUUUUAAUACAAAUUUCA